AUGGAUAAAAUGGAAAUUAAAGACAAAGACGAGGAAAGAGCAGCAAUUGUUCACAAUAAAAGAGAAGAAGCGUCGUCGCUGAAUAACACGCAUUCGAACGAGAAGGAGACGGUAUCGUUGCAACGAAAGAAGACGACCCAGGUAAAGAGUCCGAGUGAGAAGAAGAAAACAAAAAGCAACUUUGCUGAGGCGGCUGGAACCACCAAGAGGAGGAGUCUUAAAGCGAAUACUAACGCGCACAAGAAACGCCUGAUGGCAGAGAAGUACAGGAGAGAGCAUCAUCAAAAUCAUCGUAAGAAUACUAAUACUCAUAGUACUAAUACUAAGAACGAAAAGGAGGGUGUUCAUAGAAACGCGGAGCUGGAUUCGAUGCGACCGGGCGAGCGGAUCGUGAAAGCGAUGGAGAAUAUCAGCGCGUUCGAUAAGUAUAGGUAUUACUACGGCGGGGGCAAGAAAAAAGACGAAGACGACGAAGACGAAGACGAAAUGGCGUCUUCAUCGGAAUACGAACCGAUUAAUUUUGAUUUAGUUGAAGUGGACAGCACGGAAGUGGAGAGGUUGUACAAAAGUCUGGAACGAGAUCCCGCGGAGUUAUCCGCGGACGACGAGUUUAAGGAUUUGUUGAUGGAGGUUGACGCUUCUUCUUCUUCUUCUUCUUCUUCUUUUGAGGAUGGAGGAACUGACGACGAGGAGAACAACAACAACAACAAGAACAACAACAACAAAGAAGAAGACUUUGAGAGGAGGAGCGGUGAAAAUAGCAGCAGCGGCAAUAAUAGAGGUAGUAAUAAUAGUCUUAGCGGGGGACAACAACGCAGGCGAUACAACAACAACGUCAUCGGCAACCACAACACCACCACCACCAGAACAACGAACGCGGACGUGUUCCAUUUGAAAGACGUCGCGCGAGCGGUGAUUAAUCCGUCCUCGUCGUUGGCGCAACACAAUCUAGACGAGAUGAAAAACAGCAAGAUCGAGAAAGAUCCGAACCAUAAGUUUGGCACGUCGACGAUUAAUUUCGCGAUUAAAGAGUUGGGGGAGAGAAACGACUUUUCGAGGGCGUACGCGUUGUACAGGUGGAUGUCCACGCAAGCGUUUAACGACGAAUCGAAAUACUCGCCGAACGCGUACACGUUUUGCGCCUUGGCGUCGAGCGCAAAGACGAGUCGCGAGGUGAGAAUCGUCCUCGAGGUGUGGAGAGGCGAGUUGAAAAUCGCAAAGCACAUGUUGAAUAAUAAUAAGAAUACUUCGAAAGCAACAGGAGGAAAAGAUGUAGAUUUCGAUUCCACGCAAUCUUGGCUCGCGCGAAACGAGUGCGCCUCCGCCGCGAUUGCCAUGACGACGAAAAUCGGCGAUUGGCAAUCCGCGUUGGAGAUUUUCAACGACGUGAAGAAGAUUGGGAACGUGAAGAGAAACAUUUACACGUACACGGCCAUCUUAACCGCGUUGAGAGAUAGCGGCAAAGCGGACGAGGCUGAGCAAAUUUUGUACGAAAUGUUAGAGGAAAGAAACGUCCGAGUGACUUCUCUAGCGUUCAGUUUAGCAUUGGGCGCGUUUGAAGUCGCUCGAAUGUGGCAAGAAGGGAACAAACUCGCGAAAUCUGCGUUUAAAGUGUUCCAAAUUGACUCACCGGAUGCGACGUUAACGCACGCGAUUAUCACCAUGGCAGGUCGCGCUGGAGAUUUGCAAUUCGCCUCGGAAACGUUCGAGAACAUGAAGAAUUCAACGUUAGUGGUGACGACGUAUUCGUACAACGCCUUAUUAGGCGGGUACGCGCGGUACGGGGACUGGGAAAGUGCUCACAGAGUGUUUAGCGAUUUACGCCAAGCGCAUUUGCAACCGGACAGGUACACGUACACCCAACUCAUCUCAGCCGCGGAACGCGCGGGAGAGUACGAAGCCGCCGACGUCGUGUGGCGCGAAAUGUUGACAAAAUCUCGACACGUCGUCCCGCACACCGUCAUGUGCGGCGCGUACAUUCACUGCUUGGCCAGACAAAGACGAAACUUGGAAGCUGAGGACGUGUUGGAAACGAUGAAAGCGAGAUGGGAUGUGCCUCGAAACGCCGCGGUGUACAACGCGUUAAUCGGCGCGCACGUGCGCGCCGGAGAUGUGCCGAAAGCCUUACACGUCUACGAUCGCAUGCAAAAAGAAGACAACAUCAUGGCCACGGAAAUCACGUUCGCGGUGUUAAUCCGCGCGUGCGAGGAAGACGGCGAGUUUGUCAAAAUGGCCGAUCUGUUGCAACAAGCGAAAGAGUUGUUGGCGAGAGAAGGCAAAUUGGUCAUGGAUUUAACCGGAGGAGGCGGAAGAGGAGGCUCGAAUGGGUUGUUUUGA